AUGGUUAAUUUCGGUAAGAAAUUGAUGGCGGACCAAUUGGAGGAGUGGCGAGAAUACUAUAUUAAUUAUAAGAUGAUGAAGAAAAAGGUAAAACAGUAUGUACAGCAGACCCAAACUGGUGGAAAAAAUCGUGACCAGGUUCUUAAGGAGUUCUCAAGGGUGCUUGAUGACCAGAUUGAAAAGAUUGUGCUAUUUCUUCUGCAACAACAAGGUCAUCUGGCUAGGAGGAUCGAGAAUUUAGGAGCGCAGCGUGCCAUACUUAUGGAACGGUCUGAUGUAUCCCAAAUUUGUCAACUACGCCAGGCUUACAGGGAAGUUGGAUAUGAUCUUGUGAAGCUACUUAGGUUUCUUGAUAUGAAUGCUACUGGUAUCCGGAAGAUACUUAAGAAGUUCGAUAAGCGCUUUGGCUAUAAGUUUACAGAUUAUUACGUCUCUACCCGAGCAAACCAUCCUUAUUCUCAGCUUCAGCAGAUCUUCAAGCAAGUGGGAGUCGUGGCUGUUGUUGGUGCUUUGUCUCGCAACCUUGCUUAUCUACAAGAUCAUCAAGGAAGCUUAGCAAAUAUCUAUGAUUACCCAUCACUCAUCUUGAAGGAUCCCGUCAUAGAACAAAUAAAUCAUUCAGUACAAAAACUCACGCACUCCACAAGCUUUCUGCAAUUUUUAGGGCAACAUGCACUUAUCGUUGCGGAGGAUAUGCAGAGUGGCUCAGAUCUCGGUGAUGACAAGGAUUACCAUUUCUUGUCACUGCUGCUAAACUUGGUAAACACGUUUCUGUACAUGGUCAAUACAUACAUCAUCGUUCCAACUGCUGAUGACUAUUCAGUAAGCCUCGGAGCUGCAGCGACUGUUUGCGGUGUGAUUAUUGGAUCAAUGGCAGUUGCCCAAAUCUUCUCCUCAGUAUAUUUCAGUGCCUGGUCGAACAAAUCGUACUUCAGACCCCUCGUAUUUAGCAGCAUUAUGUUAUUUCUUGGGAACCUGCUCUAUGCUUUGGCAUAUGAUCUGAAUUCCCUAACUGUUCUUAUUGUUGGACGACUACUGUGCGGUUUGGGUUCGGCCAGAGCCGUGAACCGCCGCUACAUCAGCGACUGUGUACCCCUGAAAACCAGGAUGCAGGCAUCUGCUGGGUUUGUCAGUGCUAGCGCUCUUGGAAUGGCAUGUGGUCCUGCUCUUGCCGGUCUGCUGCAGACAAAAUUUAAGAUCUAUGGGCUUACAUUCAAUCAGAACACCUUACCUGGGUGGGUCAUGUGUCUUGCUUGGCUUGCAUAUUUGUUGUGGUUGUGGAUUUCAUUCAAAGAGCCGGGCCACAUUGCUACAGAGAAUUCAGUCAGCACGCAGUCAUCUGAUUCUGGCCGUCGAGUAGGCGGUCAUUUGGAGGAUGGCCUCGGGGAGCCUUUGCUCAUAGAUGCAAAGCCAGGGCAGGAUGACGAUGGCCAGGACAAUGACGACAACGAUGACGACCCCGAAGAAUCUCAUAGACCCGCGACAUCGCUUGCUGCAGCAUACAGAUUGCUGACGCCAUCUGUGAAGGUUCAGCUACUGAUCUACUUUAUGCUCAAGUUCGCCAUGGAAAUUCUGCUCUCGGAGUCAAGUGUUGUGACCACGUUCUAUUUUAAGUGGACAACUAGUACCGUGGCAAUCUUUCUUGCAGUUCUUGGCCUGACGGUUCUUCCAGUUAAUGUCAUCGUCGGGAGCUAUGUCACCAACUUGUUCCAGGACAGGCAAAUUCUGGUGGCCUCCGAGAUCAUGGUGUUGAUCGGCAUUGUCAUGAGCUUCUGCUUCACCCCUCACUAUUCCGUCCCACAAUAUGUCACGUCAGCGCUCAUCACCUUCGUAUUCGCCGAGGUGCUCGAAGGAGUGAACCUGUCCCUCCUCUCUCGCGUGAUGUCGUCAAGGCUCUCCCGCGGGACCUACAACGGCGGGCUGCUCUCGACGGAGGCCGGAACGCUGGCCCGCGUUGCCGCCGACAUGACCAUCACGGCCGCCGGGUAUCUGGGGCAGAGCCGCCUCCUGAACGCCACCCUCCUGCCGUCCCUGGUGAUCUGUUUAGCCUCUAUCAUCGCGACGUUCUGCACGUACAACUCACUCUACUAA